GAUAAGCAGUACUUGUAUAUGAGACCUGAUAUCUACAUUACGGAUUACAAAAAGAUCGGAAAAGAUACUGAUGGACAGAUCUGUUGUUUGAUGUUUUCUUCACUAGCCCUGAAGAUGCUGAGACAUAGAGAUGGCUGUGAUUAUCUUUUGUAAGACAGGAAAUGCAAUCUUUAGGGGUUUCUGGAAAUAGAAAGGUCAUGCAGUCUGGAACCUGUGAACCUUUUCAGUCUCUAAGUCAUCAGAGAAAUGAUGAAGAGGCAGUUGUGGAUAGGGGUGGAACUCGUUCUAUUCUCAAAACACACUUUGAGAAAGAAGAUUUAGAAGGUCAUCGGACACUAUUUAUUGGAGUUCAUGUGCCUCUGGGAGGAAGGAAAAGCCAUCGGCGUCAUAGGCAUCGUGGUCAUAAACACAGGAAGAGAGACCGAGAGAGAGAUUCGGGGUUAGAUGAUGGAAGGGAGUCACCUUCCUUUGAUACCCCUUCACAACGGGUACAGUUUAUUCUUGGAACUGAAGAUGAUGAUGAGGAGCACAUUCCUCAUGACCUUUUCACAGAGCUGGACGAGAUUUGCUGGCGUGAAGGUGAGGAUGCUGAGUGGCGAGAAACAGCCAGGUGGUUGAAGUUUGAAGAAGAUGUGGAAGACGGAGGAGAGAGGUGGAGCAAACCAUAUGUGGCGACUCUAUCAUUGCACAGCUUGUUUGAGUUGAGAAGCUGUAUUCUGAAUGGAACCGUGUUGCUGGACAUGCAUGCCAACACUUUAGAAGAAAUUGCAGAUAUGGUCCUUGACCAACAAGUGAGCUCAGGUCAGCUCAACGAAGAUGUGCGCCACAGAGUCCAUGAAGCACUGAUGAAACAGCAUCACCACCAGAAUCAGAAAAAACUCACCAAUAGAAUCCCCAUUGUUCGUUCCUUUGCUGAUAUUGGCAAGAAACAAUCAGAACCAAACUCCAUGGAUAAAAAUGCAGGUCAGGUUGUUUCCCCACAGUCUGCUCCAGCCUCUGCUGAAAAUAAAAAUGAUGUGAGCAGAGAAAACAGCACUGUUGACUUUAGCAAGGUUGAUCUGCAUUUUAUGAAAAAGAUUCCUCCAGGUGCUGAAGCUUCAAACAUCUUAGUCGGGGAGUUGGAGUUUUUGGAUCGAACUAUAGUUGCGUUUGUCAGGUUGUCUCCAGCUGUGUUGCUUCAAGGACUGGCUGAAGUCCCAAUCCCAACCAGAUUUUUGUUCAUUCUUCUGGGACCCCUGGGAAAGGGUCAACAGUACCAUGAGAUUGGCAGAUCAAUUGCAACCCUAAUGACAGAUGAGGUAUUUCAUGAUGUUGCUUACAAAGCUAAGGAUCGUAAUGACUUGGUAUCGGGAAUUGAUGAAUUUCUGGAUCAGGUUACUGUCCUCCCUCCUGGAGAAUGGGAUCCGAGCAUUCGUAUAGAGCCUCCAAAAAAUGUUCCUUCCCAGGAGAAGAGGAAGAUUCCUGCUGUGCCAAAUGGAACAGCAGCUCACGGGGAAGCAGAGCCCCACGGAGGACACAGUGGACCUGAACUCCAGCGAACAGGAAGGAUUUUUGGGGGACUUAUUUUAGAUAUCAAAAGAAAAGCUCCAUACUUCUGGAGUGACUUCAGAGAUGCUUUCAGCCUGCAGUGCUUAGCAUCUUUUCUAUUUCUCUACUGCGCGUGUAUGUCUCCCGUCAUCACGUUUGGAGGACUGCUGGGAGAAGCCACUGAAGGUCGAAUAAGUGCAAUCGAAUCUCUCUUUGGAGCAUCCAUGACCGGCAUAGCCUAUUCUCUCUUUGGUGGACAACCUCUUACCAUAUUAGGCAGUACAGGACCAGUUUUGGUGUUUGAAAAGAUUUUGUUUAAGUUUUGCAAAGAAUAUGGGCUGUCAUACCUAUCUUUAAGAGCCAGUAUUGGACUUUGGACUGCAACCCUAUGUAUCAUACUUGUGGCCACAGAUGCAAGCUCCCUUGUUUGCUAUAUCACUCGGUUUACUGAAGAAGCUUUUGCUUCUCUUAUUUGCAUCAUUUUCAUUUAUGAAGCCCUAGAGAAGUUGUUUGAACUCAGUGAAGCAUAUCCAAUCAACAUGCAUAAUGAUUUGGAACUGCUGACACAGUACUCAUGUAACUGUGUGGAACCCCAUAAUCCCAGCAACGACACCCUAAAGGAGUGGAGGGAGUCCAACAUUUCUGCCUCGGACAUAAUUUGGGAGAACCUAACUGUGUCAGAAUGCAAGUCUUUGCAUGGAGACUAUGUUGGACGAGCCUGCGGUCACGAUCACCCAUACGUUCCAGAUGUUCUGUUUUGGUCAGUGAUCCUGUUUUUCUCCACAGUUACUCUGUCAGCCACCCUGAAGCAAUUCAAGACCAGCCGCUAUUUUCCAACCAAGGUUCGAUCCAUAGUGAGUGACUUUGCUGUCUUUCUUACAAUUCUGUGUAUGGUUUUAAUUGAUUAUGCCAUUGGGAUCCCAUCUCCAAAACUACAAGUACCAAGUGUUUUCAAGCCCACCCGAGAUGACCGUGGCUGGUUCGUUACACCUUUAGGUCCAAAUCCAUGGUGGACAGUAAUAGCUGCUGUUAUUCCAGCUUUGCUUUGUACCAUUCUCAUUUUCAUGGACCAGCAGAUUACAGCUGUCAUCAUCAACAGAAAAGAGCAUAAGCUAAAGAAAGGCUGUGGAUAUCACCUGGAUCUAUUAAUGGUGGCUGUCAUGCUUGGUGUGUGCUCCAUCAUGGGCCUGCCAUGGUUUGUAGCUGCCACUGUUCUCUCCAUCACUCAUGUCAACAGCCUAAAGCUGGAAUCGGAAUGUUCAGCUCCAGGAGAACAACCCAAAUUUCUUGGCAUUCGGGAGCAAAGAGUUACUGGGCUUAUGAUUUUUAUUCUUAUGGGUUCAUCAGUCUUUAUGACCAGCAUUCUGAAGUUUAUCCCCAUGCCAGUGCUGUAUGGAGUAUUUCUUUAUAUGGGUGCUUCAUCUCUAAAGGGAAUUCAGUUCUUUGAUAGAAUAAAGCUCUUCUGGAUGCCUGCAAAACAUCAACCAGAUUUUAUAUAUCUAAGGCAUGUACCACUUCGAAAAGUCCAUCUCUUCACAGUCAUUCAGAUGAGUUGCCUUGUCCUUUUGUGGAUAAUAAAGGUGUCAAGAGCUGCUAUUGUUUUUCCCAUGAUGGUGUUAGCUCUGGUAUUUGUAAGAAAGUUAAUGGACUUACUGUUUACCAAACGGGAACUCAGCUGGUUAGAUGAUUUAAUGCCUGAAAGUAAGAAAAAGAAACUAGAAGAUGCUGAAAAAGAAGAAGAACAAAGUAUGCUAGCUAUGGAAGAUGAGGGUGCAGUACAACUGCCAUUGGAGGGACAUUACAGAGAUGAUCCAUCUGUGAUCAAUAUUUCUGAUGAAAUGUCGAAGACUGCCUUGUGGAGGAACCUUCUGAUUACUGCCGAUAACUCAAAAGAUAAGGAGUCAAGCUUCCCUUCUAAAAGCUCCCCUUCCUAAUCACUCUAGAAGCUGAUUCCCCAAAGCACUGAAAGCCGAAAAGAGAAGAAAGCUGAUUCACAGAAAGGUGUUGACAGGGAGACUUGUCUAUGACUUGAUCUUCAAUUUAUUUUUUACAAAUAUCUGAGAAGAGUGCCACAAUUAUUAAUAAAACUGCUUUGAUCAUGUAUUGUAAAUUCUGUCUGUCAUCCCAAACCCACCUUCAUACUGUAAGUAGUGCACCGCUUGUUCCAUUUCUGUGUUUAAACUUCUGAGCAUCGAGGCACCCCUGUGAGCAUCUGCGGUAGCUAAUGCAAGAACCUCUGCAUUGCUUGUGUGUGGGGGGCAUUUGUAAACACUGGAUUCUCAUUGUCAGUUUUGUGAGAGCAAUAGCUUUCUUAAAGAGAUAAGUAAUAUUUACCUAGUUUGUAUUUUCUUACUUGUAGCGACCUGAAGAUACCUGGUAAUUUCACUGAGAAGAAUUUUGAAAGGUAGUCUUCUUAUUUUUUUAUAGCUUAGCAUUAGUGACUUAUUUCAAAAGACCCAAAUCAAAAAUUUCUUUGGAAAGCAUUUUUUAAUAACUGAAUUUAUGCACUUGCUUGAUUUAAUAUGAUACAUUUAAUACUUCAGAAUUUAUAUGUAACUAAAACUUAAAUUUGAAAAAAUACACAGAGACCUAUUCACAACUUGUUUAAAAGAAUCAGACAUGAAUGCAAAGAGUCAAGUAGUAUUUGCAUAAGAUUCAAAUUGUGCUCACAUAAUCAAAUAUUGGGCUUGUAUGGAAAUGCUUUAGAAAACCAAGUUUUGUGAGAUUUUCCAAAAACCCUUUAUCAGGAAUAUGCUGUUAAAUUCCUCUCCUAUUGGCAACAGAUAUUUUCCAAAUAGACCUAUUAUAUAUAUAAAUAUACCCACACAUACCCGUGGAACACCCACGGUGAGUCUCUGCAUGCAAAACCCCACUCCUGGGCAGGUGCUCUGCUGCAAAAAGUCGUUUGCUGCUGACGCUGCUCCCGCCUCACGUUCCGAUGUUAGACUGGCAGGUCUCUCGGGACAUUUCUUUCUGUAAAGCUCUCUUCCACUUUUUAAUUAAAGGCAUGUUGUAAAAAAAAUAAUCUUAUAAAUGAAAUUUUUAGAUUCUGUUUGAAAAGCUUCUGUAGAUAUUUCAGUUCAUUUGAAAUCAUCUUUACUAAGCUUAUCCAGAGGAAGAAAAGUCAAGGAUUUUUGAGCAUUACUAAAAAUACAGUGUUUCUUUUGUUUUAAAUGAAUGGGAAGUUAACAAAGAGUAUGUCUCAUGGUACGCUUGUUUCCUAAUAACGAUCAGUGAUCAUCAACAUUAUAAUCCUCAAUGUCCAAUUUCAUAAUCAUUCAAAGCCCUGUCCUGAAAGCUAUUAAUUACAUAUUCUGUGUAUAAUGUGUGUGAAGAGUGAGCAACAACAGCAAUGAAAAACAAAUGCUCUUGUGAUUAAGUUUAUGAGGGAAAUAAAAGUAUCACAAAGCCUUCAUUAGGUUCAACAUUUUGAUACCUUCUGAAAAAUUCCCAUCACAAUCUCUUAAGGAGCCAUUUAUUUAAUGGGACAUAAGCCUAAAAAAUAUAAGAAGAAUAUGCAGUUAAUAAAGUCUGUGUUUAUAAUUGCCAAGGGGAAAAUAUAGAAACUUUCCAUUCUAAUAUGUUGCCUUUGUGUAUUUUAUAAUACAGAUACUAUAUCAUAAACAUUCUCGUUUUAUUAUUUAAACUAGUUGUACAUGCCAGUCAGUCCCAUAAGCAGCCUCUCAGUGUUUUAAUAUAUUAAUAACCAUUCUGUUCAAAAUGAUCAUAGUGAAAUAAAACCUUCACAUGAUCACCUGUUUGUUAAGCAAUCAUAUCCAAUGAAAUUCUGUAUUCUGAGUAUUUUUAUAGUCAUCUUGUUUUCAUGUGAAUCUUAA